AUGGCUGCUUUCAUCAAGGCUGUCAAUGCCAAGAUUCGGGCGAACCCGGCACUGAACUACUUCUGCUCUACGCAUUUCUGGGGUCCUGCCUCCAACUUCGGUAUCCCCGUGGCCGCCGUGCUCGACACCCAAAAGUCCCCCGACCUGAUCUCGGGCCAGAUGACGGGCGCUCUUGUCAUCUACUCCGCCACCUUCAUGCGCUACUCGCUCGCCGUCUCACCAAAGAACUACCUCCUGUUCGCGUGCCACUUUGUCAACGAGUGCUCGCAGCUGACGCAGGGCUACCGAUACCUGUCCUGGCACAAGUGGGGAGGCAAGGAAGCUGCCGCUGCCGCGGGAGGUAACGUCAAGGAGACGGUCGAGGCGAUCAAGGACAAGGCCGUGGCUGUCGAGGCCAAGGUCGAGGGCAAGGUCAAGGAGGCCCUGGGCAAAUAG